CUCAGUCCCGGUCCGUCUCCGUCCUCCGGCAGCCCCGGGCCGCGGCGAGAGGCUCCCGCCCAGGCCGGCGCUCGGUCCUCGGGGGCGCGGGGCGUCCGCCCCAGGGCCGGCUGCGACUGCGGCUGCGGCUGCGGCUGCGACCCGGUCAGAGUUUGAAUCUCUUAGCUGUUUUAUAAAGGUAAAAAGUAAAAAGCAAAACAAAAACCAAAAAGACACUAUGUCUGAUGAAGUUUUUAGCACAAUUUUAGCUUAUACAAAGAGUCCGAAAGUCACCAAAAGGACUACUUUCCAGGAUGAGCUAAUAAAAGCAAUUACAGCUCGCUCAGCCAGGCAAAGGAGUUCUGAAUACUCAGAUGACUUUGACAGUGAUGAAAUUGUUUCCUUAGGUGAUUUUUCGGACACCUCAGUAGAUGAAAAUUCAAAUAAGAAAAAAAUGAAUGAUUUCCAUAUAUCAGAUGAUGAAGAAAAGAAUUCUCCAAAACUGUCUUUUUUGAAAACCAAGAAAUCAAACAGUGACAUAAUGAAAGAUGAGCCAGUAUUCUCCACCAAAAACGAUGAGGAAAUGGCACCUGAUGGUUGUGGAAACAUGGUUGGAACUCCCUUAUCUGAAUCUCAAAAUAAUGACCAAGAAAUUGAAAAAGACAAAAUUAAGAUGAAACCUAAGCCCAGAAUUCUUCCAGUCAAAAGCAUGUCUUCAGAAAACAACAGCAGCCCUGAAGCCAACAACCACUUUAAGCCUUCACCUCGGCCACGGAGCAUGUUGAAAAAACACAGCCACGGGGAAGAGAAAGAUGGGCCAGGAGAAGGUAAAACCCCUGCCCUCUGUGAGGAAUUGGAAGCACGUUCCGCUCCUUCUCCCCUUCCAAAGCUAAACGACGGACAACUGGAAGCUGAGAAAAAAUUGGCCUCCGAAAACCUAGAUCCUAAGGAUCCAUGGUUAACAAGUCUAUCAUCAUCAUCCCUUAAAGAAAAUCUUGGAGAUUCCUUUUCACCAGGAUCUGGGGGAAAAGCAUCAGUAGAAGAUCAGAAUGAAGAACUCACUGAAAACCACAAUUCCUUGAAAUCAAAUGAAAAUGAAGGGAAUUCAUUUUUGAUAGACUUAGUUACUACACCAAUCGAGAAAUCCCAGGAAAGUCAAGUGAUUACUGAUGACCUUGAAGAAGAAAAGGAGAAAGCUGAACUGAUUAUGAAUGACUUAACAGUUGACCCACUAUUUAUAUCUCAGAGUAUCUUAAUAUCUGCUGACACAACUGAGUCUUCAAAGAAAACAGUUGAAGAUAGAAAUAUGAAGAAUAAAAAGUCAACAAAUAAUAGAGCGUCCAGUGCCUCUGGCAGAUUAAUGACCUCUGAGUUUUUAAAGAAAUCUAGUUCUAUACGGAGACCUCCAUCGACAACUACCUCUUCUCACUACUUAGGGACUUUGAAAGUCCUGGACCAAAAGCCCUCACAGAAACAGAACAUAGAACCUGAAAAAGCAGAUAGCAUAAGGGCAGCUGUUUAUCAGGAGUGGUUAGAAAAGAAAAAUGUGUAUUUACAUGAAAUGCACAGAAUUAAAAGGAUUGAAAGUGAGAACUUAAGGAUCCAAAAUGAACAGAAAAGAGCUGCUAAGAGAGAAGAAGCAUUAGCAUCCUUUGAGGCCUGGAAGGCUAUGAAAGAAAAGGAAGCAAAGAAAAUAGCUGCCCAAAGAAGGCUUGAGGAAAAAAACAAGAAGAAAACAGAGGAAGAAAAUGCUGCCAGAAAGGGAGAGGCGCUGCAGGCUUUUGAACGAUGGAAAGAGAAAAAGAUGGAAUAUCUUAGAGAGAAAAAUAAAAAGGAGAGAGAAUAUGAAAGAGCAAAGAAGCAGAAAGAGGAGGAAACAAUUGCUGAGAAAAGGAAAGAUAACCUAACAGCCAUUGAGAAAUGGAAUGAAAGGAAGGAUGCUUUUUUCAAAGAAAAAGAGAAAGAGAAAAUAAAUGAGAAGAGAAGAGAAGAACUGAAAAGAGCAGAGAAAAAAGAUAAAGAUAAGCAAGCUAUUGAUGAAUAUGAAAAAUGGCUGGAAAAGAAAGAAAGGCAGGAAAGAAUUGAACGAAAACAAAAGAAGCGUCAUUCCUUUCUUGAAAAUGAGGCACUUCCUCCUUGGAGCCCUCCAAGCAGAACUGUGUUCUCAAGAGUGUUUUGAUAAUUCUUAUUUUUACACUAUUUAGUUAUUUAUCAAUUCACCAUUUUAGUCACUAUUUAUUCAAUUAGUUAUAGUUAAAAGACUCUAUUUUAAUUACAUGCCGGCUGUUUCCAUUGACCAUGGAGAAGAUGAUUUGGGGUUUAAUCGGUGAAAUAAUUGCAAGCGUUUUUUGAAAUGAAGGUAAAAACUUCCUCAAAUGAGAAGCUAAUAAUCAGAUUGCUCUUACCAUUCAAAUGACCCUUCAUCAUGUCCUCAGAGUCCUUACAAUCAGAUGAUCCAUGAUCACUUUCACUAAGCUUUGCAUGGUAUUUAAGUGUAUUUAUUCCCCAGAAUAAAAAGGAAGCCAUCUGGGUACUACAGUCAUAGAAAAAAUUGAAUCUGUGAAUGAUUGUGCACCUAGAUUCAGGUUUCAAGGGGAAUCGUCACUAGGGGUAUGCAUAUAAAUAUAUAAAUAUAUAUAUAGACACACAUAUAUUUUUUAUUUCUAAAACUGAUCUUUAGCUUUGCCUUGAGCAGUUGCCCUUGCACUGUGCAAGUUAAGAGUUUUGGUCAGUUGAGGCAGUAGUUCAGUAGAACUCAAAUCAAGGCAUUUUAUUUAAGAAGUUUGCCUUCUAUUUUAAGAUAAGUUUUAUCUGUCCCAGACUUAACGUGACAAUCAUAGGCACUUUAUAGUGAGUAGACCUCUGAAAUUUGUCUUCUAAAUUCUAGCUCACUUUAUUAUUUCAGUGGUACCAAAAAAUAUCCAUUUCUUGGUAGUGAUAGACUUCCAGGAAAGUUAUGGCAAUUCCUUAAGAGUUCAAGGUCAUUAUCACUGUUAAUAAUUUUCUCCAGACUAAAGCCAUAAAGGUGAUAAAGGCAAUUUUUGAUCUCUUAGCUUAUUCCAGAGUCUUAUAGCAUAUAUUUAGAGGAUAGCUGUACAGGAAGGCAAUUUGUAGAAAAUUCCCUAAGAAUAUUUAUUUAUUUGAUCACUGCUUAAUUGGACUCCUACUUGAACUGGUCAGCUACUUUAUCACAGGCCAAAUGUAUGCGCUCAGAGCUGAAAGACUACUUUAGCCAAUGAUGUGAUGCGACGAUGGAUGAGAAUAAUUCCUAUUUUUUAAGCACCUAAUGUAUGCUCUCUGCUGGAUCUUUACAAAUGUGAAUUCUUAUCAUUCUAAUACUUAUUCACUGUAGGUGUUAUUUUGCAGAUAAAAAAUACUGAGACUCGGACAAAUAACGUGCCAUAUAUUUAGCAUGUGACUGAGUUGGGAUUAGAAUUAAGUCUUUCUCCCUCCCAGAAUCCAUAUGCUCAUUUUUAUGCUCUGUAUUUCCAAACACAUUUUACCUCUCAGAUCUUGAAACCAUGUAUUGUUAUCUGGAGAUUAUCUUUCCUUUACGAAGUAUUUGUUUAUUAUUAGAGAUGGUCAACUUUAUUAGAUCUGUAAAAUGAAAGAAGAGUCCAUAAUAUUUAAAGAAUUCAUCAAAUGCCUUGUAUCUAGUAUUAAAAUAUCAGGAAAGCCAGCAGGCUGUGGAACGUAGGCUUUGAGAUAGUCAUUCAGGAGGUUCCACUGUGAGGAUUAACUUCCUUGUGCUUUGUGUGCAGGAUAAACGUGUCAUGGGUGACUUUCUAAGAUCACAUCACUGCUACAGAUAAAUUUGUUUUAAAAUUAUGAACAAAACCAAAGCUGCUUUAUACCUCCAGGAACCAGGAGAAUACUUCAUGAAAUUGAAAUUCUCAAUACUCAGUGUGUAUUAUCCACAUGGGAUUUAGCUGCUCUUUUUUUUCACCAAAUAUGUAUAUAGUGCCCACCCAAAUGAAUCUUUGUUUAUGGUAUCGAAUUAGCUAUUCACAGCUAAAAAGGUAUUUGCAGAUUCCAGGGAAGUAAAAGGAAAAAAGAUUGUGAGAUCAUAAAUGUAUGUAUAUGUGCUGCCGAAGCGAGCACUGUGAGAUCAUAAAUGUAUGUGUCAUAAAUUUCACGUUAAAUAUUUACUUAAACUUCCCAAUUAUUUUCUGCUCUAUUAUCCUGUUUAGUGGCUUGCUGUUAUCACUUCUCAAUUCUUGUGAGCACUGGGUGAAAUUACUAAUUAAUGUAAAGCACAUGGCAUUGUUUUCAUUUCUUUACUGUCAAGAGCCCUGCAUUUCCCCACUUCAUGGAUAUGAAUAGGUUAACAUGGGUGGGUUUUUUGACAUAUAUUUUUAGCAUACAAGAAGACAUCUGUGAUUUCCUGGCCAGUCUAGCACUCAAAGGAGAAUAUGGAGAUGACCCAUGUUAGGGAUUUCCUAAAAGGAAAUCUAAAUUCUAAUUUCUUACCACUGCUUGUAAAGUAGGAUGAAAAGGAAAACUGAGGUGUUUGAAAAGACCCAGCAAGUCAUUUCCCUCAAAUGGGGAACUUUAAUAUGGAGGAAUUAAAAUUCAAAUUAAGGAUAUUAAAAGCCUAUAGAUUUACAGAUUAAACUUCUAGUUUUGUAAAUUGUAUUAAUCACUUGAAUGCUGACACUUCAGAGUAAAGAAAGUAGGAAGUCAAUGAAUAUUUUAAAACAAAGCUGAAAACAAUUUGCCUAGAAAUUUACAUUUCAAGACAAGAAAUCAAAUUUUAUAAAUAAUUAUUUUCCAUAACAACCAAGAAAGCAGUGUUACAUAAAUAAAGAGAAACUAUAUGGCAUUUUAGAUCAGAAGGAAGAGGCAGUUCUCUUAAGAUAAGAGUUGUUCAGGGACAAUAACAUUCCAGGGGUUUGUAUCGCAUCACGUUUUGAAAAUGUUAUUGUUUGAAUAGUAUUGAUAUUUUUCACUGUGGCCAAAGCACUAGCUGAUAAUAGCUAAGGUCCAGAGUUGUAUUAACUUAGAGUGAUAAAACUCUAGUGCAUCUGGAAGGUUUAAUAGUUUAAUAAAACUGCCUCAAAUGCUCUAAGUUGAGCCAGACAACUGACAUGCCAGAACCCAUACCACUAAUCAUAAGAAUCUGGAGUUAGAAAUCAGGUGUCCAGUUUUCUAGUUGUAACCUGCCCACCACUCCAUGUAGUUCUGAGAACCUGGUAAAAAAUGUCACGCUAACUUCCAUAACCAUGGUCAUUAUCGACUUAGCUCAUUUUGAUCCUCUCAGAUGGUCCCUGAUUCUUCAGUGUCUUCCCAUAACCCCACCAGGUCAAGGGUUGAGGCACCUCUCUGGGCACCUUUGUUACUACUUCAUGGGUGGGAGAGUACUGAAGGUUCUCAAGCCCUGAGUCACAGGCAAAGACACAAUGGGAAACAAGAAUUUCACAAAAUGGGGGAAAUUGCAUGUUAGUCAAAGUAGUUCCCAAGAAAAAACUAGUACAGAAAACAGAUUUUGCCGAUGUCAUCUUGGCUCUAAUUCCAAUAGUGCUAUAUUAGCAGGUAUUCCAACCUGUGAGCUUCCAGAAUCUACAUCAGUUGCCCGACUUCCUAGGUACCUUGGCUGACCGAAUAAUGAAUGCUAUGUAAAUGCUUCACUGGUGACUGCCCUGAAUUCUUGUUGUCUUAAAAUUUUAUGUGAUUUGAUUAUUUUGAAACAUGUUACAUGUAAUUGUAUAAUGUUAACUAAAUUAUUGGUAUUAAAUUUAGGAUGUUGUUUUAAGAAUUACUUGAGGAGAUGUAUUUAAUGUCUGCUUUUUAGUAGCAUACUUCAUGUUACGCUUAAUUAAAGUUAGCCAUUCAAGAGUUA